GACCCUGACAGCUGGCUUCAGGCCUGCAGGUAAUGCCCAGGAAACCUGCCUGGUACCAGAGGAAGGAGCCUGCCCAGGAGUUGUGUUACUGGCUGUGGCCUGCAGUCUUGGUUUGAGCCUGGAGAACAAAGAAGAUGGCCUUCAUUGCAGCUCUGGGGCUCGUGAUGGCUGGGAUCUGCCCUGCUGUCUUCUGCUUCCCUGAUGGCACACUGGGAACUCACACUUCAGUCCAGAAAGUCCAAGACACUCGAAAACAAUCAGACAGUCAAGCCUUUAUCAACACCAACUUUGCUUUCAGCCUCUACAAAGUGCUGGCUUUGAAGAAUCCACAUAAAAAUAUUGUCUUCUCCCCAUUUAGCAUUGAAACUUUCUUGGCCUCCUUAUCUCUGGGAGCAAAGGGCAAUACCCUGGAAGAGAUUCUAGAAGGUCUCAAGUUCAAUCUCACAGAGACCCCUGAGACAGACAUGCACCAGGGCUUUGGGCACCUUCUACAGAGUUUCAAUCAGCCAGGGGACCAGGUACAGAUCAGCACAGGCAACACAUUGUUUGUUGAAAAGCACCUACAGAUCCUGACAGAGUUCAAGGAGGAGGCAAGGGCUCUGUAUCAGACCAAGGCCUUCAGAGUAGACUUCCAGCAGCCUCGUGAAGCCAGGAAACUCAUCAAUGACUAUGUGAACAAUCAGACCCAGGGAAAAAUCAAGGAGGUGGUCUCAGACCUGGAUAGGAACACAUCUAUGUUGAUGAUGAAUUUCCUCCUCUAUUCAGGCCAAUGGAAUGUGCGCUUUGACCCUGAGGACACAAUCAUGGAAGAAUUCAUAGUGGACAGGAGGAGGCGUGUGAUGGCGCCUAUGAUGAAAAUAGAGGACCUGACCACACCCUACUUCCGGGAUGAGGAGCUGGAAUGCACUGUGGUGGAGCUGAGUUACAUAGGCAAUCACAAGGCCAUAUUCAUCCUCCCUGACCAGGGCAAGAUGCAACAGGUGGAAGCCAGCUUGAAACCAGAGACCCUGAGAAAAUGGAGGAAAUCUUUGAGGCCCAGGGUGAUAGAUGAGCUCCACCUACCCAAGUUCUCCUUAUCCAAAAAAUACAACUUGGAGGAGAUCCUUCCAGAGCUCGGCAUCAGGGAACUCUUCUCCACACAGGCUGACCUGUCUGGGAUCAUAGGAGUGAAAAACAUAACAGUCUCUCAGAUGGUCCAUAGCGCUGUGCUGGAAAUGACUGAGAUGGGCACAGAAGCAGUUGCCAACACGGUAGACAAAUAUAACACUCUGUCUGCAAAAAAUAACCCUACAUUUGUAAACAUUGACAGGAAAUUUCUAUACAUUGUUUUAGAACCAAGUUCUGAGCUUAUCUGCUUUUUAGGCAAGGUUAUCAACCCUUUAGAAAACUAGAACUUUCCAAGUGGCGGAACUUCUUUCCAAGUUAACAGGUUGAGUCUCGAUGUGCUGUUCUGACUUCCAUCCUCUGAUAGGCUGUGGCCUGCUUGUAAUUAAACAGUGACCUUGACUAACUUUAGUUGUCACACAUCACAGGAGCUUGUGCAUGGUCUGUGUCAGGCUCCCAGGCCUCUUGGCAACACUAGCUCACAUUCCUGAGCCUGAACUCUGCCUUUCUUCCACUCCCCUGUUUACUCAUUUAUCCAAUCCUCAGACAGACUUUCAUCAUGUCUGCCUUCCACUUCUGCAGCCUUGGUGGAACUGUGCAAGCUUACAGGACAACCCAUGUGCACAACAGGCCAAGGCACAAGAUAUGAGCUUUCUGCCCUAUUUGCAGCAUCUGGAACACUUGGUGCCCUGUUUCUGCCUCACUCUUUCCCUACUACAGUCUGUAAAAUCCAUUGACCCUGGGAGGGUCUACUGACGCUCACACAAUCACAGUCUUCACUUCUGCAGCUGCAUGGAGCCUGUUGGUCACACCAGCUCCUUUCCUGCUAGCAUUCCUAAUCAGAGCAGAGUAGUAGCCUUCCU